AUGGUCGCUGCCUUCCUAUAUAAAAGGCUAUCCUUAAAGAGUUUCCGUUGCGAAAGCUGUUUCCCAUUUCUAAGUCAACAAACACCGGCAUUCUUCUACGCUAAUGUUGAGAGAGCUGAGAAAGCGCUUUUAACUUUAAAUGUCACAGCACAUUUAAAGGCUAGUAACGACGGAAAUUUGAAUGCUCCUUUAUCGUAUGAUGUCAUAAAAGCAAUAACGCAGGCCUCAGGAUGCGCAGAUGUUGCGUACAUGUUCUUGGGUACGCAAGGUGAAACAGUUGAACCAAUCGGCCACCUUCACCAACACAAUCAGCUCUCAUUUUAUUUCACGGAAUUUCAGUUGAAAACGGCAGAUGAUGUGGAAACUAUACAGUUGCAGAGUAUGAAUGUGUCCGGCAUGGAUCCCAUAUUAACAGUCGAAUUUCAAGCCAAUAAUACAAAUGCAUCGCUUACAUUCAGUGUACUACUUAGCAAUGGAUACUUUGAGAUCAAAUCAUUUAAAUACAACGAUACGCAAUAUUACGUAACUGAUCUGUAUGCACCGCAAACCUCGUCGUAUUCAUGUGGUAAAAUAUCACUCCAUAAAGAUAAGGAGACAAUUAUAUUAAGAAGAGUGCAAAUGCAAUAUGAUAAAGACAAACGUGUUGGUGAUUUCAGGUUUAAGGAUGCCUGGACAUGUGAAGCCUUCACAUCACCUGCCAUUAUAUCUGCUCUUUUUAUUACUGUCAUACUACUCACUGCUUUAUUCGUCGGUAUUGGUAUGCUGAUGAGUGUGCAGCCACCAACUAAAUACGAAUCGCCAGGCGGACGUAAUCUCUACAUACAUGUUAGAGAUUGA